AUGCACCUGAUGUAUUUUCCCGCUUUACUAUUUGCAAUAUUCUCGUCUCUGAUCGCUUUCUUGUCUAGUGUAGACGUUGUAACUGCAGCGCCUGCUGCUGGUACUUCUUCUAUCAAGAACAAUGCUGCUGCUAUCGCUAACCAAGAUAUUGUUCCUGGCCGCUACGUUUUCGAGUUCACCGGAGGUCCUUCCGUUGACACGAACAGCAGAAUGCUGAUGAACUUUUUGAAAAAGACAUUCCCCAAAGUCAGAUUGUUGAUGCCGCGUGUUAUCGACCAUGGCUUGUUGAAGGCCGUCACAAUCCAUUUCGAAAGGACUUCUCAUACGGGUAGCACCGGGCUCUUGACCUCGUCCAUAUCCUCCGACGAACAAAAUGCUGCCUUCACCGAUAUUGCCAGGGCUGUAUCUACUCUUGGUUUUGUCGCUCAUGUUUAUCCUGUUCAUUCGGUGCAUCGCCCCGAUACUCGUAUAGCUAGCAUUCCUUUGGAAAGUGCUGACGCCGCCCUGAUUAGUCCAAACGCACAGACUCAGAUUGACCGCGUGCAUAGCGAGCUGAGAAACACCGGCAAAGGACUUACUGUUGGCAUCAUUGAUACUGGCGUCGACUACAUGCAUCCCGCUUUAGGAGGUGGAUUUGGUCCGGGAUACAAAGUUGCUCUAGGCCGAGAUCUUGUUGGAGACGACUAUGAUGGAUACAAAAACACUACUCCAAUCCCUGAUCUUGAUCCUAUUGAUAGCUGCUCCGCUAGCACGGGUUCGUCUGGUCAUGGAACACACGUUUCAGGCAUUGUUGCGGGUAAAAGUGAUAACUUUACGGGCGCUGCUCCUGAUGCCACUCUUGGAAUGUGGCGUGUUUUUGGCUGCACAGGAUCUACAGACGAUGACAUUAUUAUCGAAGCUAUGCUCGAUGCCUACGACGCCGGAGUAGAUAUCAUAAGCAUGAGUUUGGGUGAUGCUCAAGGAUGGCCAGAAAUGUUGUCUGCUAUAGUUGCAUCACGCAUUAACGCCAAAGGCGUGCCCGGAAAUGACGGCGAGCACGGUGCAUUUACUUCGUCUGCUCCAAGUGUUGGAAAAGGUGUCUACUCGGUGGCAUCAUUUGACAACAACUACAAUGUUGUGCAAACUUUUGACGUCAUGUGUUCCUCCCCUGAAUGCAAGAAGACUUAUGUCUAUAACCUUGGUAAAGGAUCCGAUAGUAUGCCAAGCGGGCAAGUUGUUGCAGGUGAUAUCAAUAUCGGUAGCACCAUGGACGCUUGUGAUCCAGCCAACAUUCCUAGGACUGUCAGUGGCAAAUUAGCUCUGGUCCAACGAGGCACUUGUGAAUUUGAACAGAAAACCAACAACUUGGCCCAGGCCGGUGCAAUUGGUGCAUUAAUUUACAACAUAGAAGGCGAAGGCUCAUUUAUCCCUGGUGUAAAAGAUGCCAAAAUACCUUUGGCAGGAGUCGCCCAUGAAACUGGCGUUGAGCUACUUGAAGACAUACAGCAAGGUGAAACCUACUUGACAUUUAAGGGCCAACAACAGGCCGCCCCAACGACCACCGGUAAUAUUGUCUCUUCUUUCUCCAGCAUUGGCCCGUCGUACGAGCUUGGUGUAAACCCCAACAUUGCUGGUGUCGGCGGCCUAGUCUACUCGACGCUUCCACGACAAUUGGGAAGCUGGGGUGUCCUAAGUGGUACUUCAAUGGCCACGCCUCAAGUUGCCGGUGCCGUCGCUCUUUAUUUGAAAUCGAUCGAAGGAAAGGGUCCAAGGCCUCAUCCUACUUAUAUUCUUGAGCAGUUCCAGAAUUAUGCUUACAAGGCUCCCAAUAAAAAUGGUCAAGAGAACGUGGAUACGCCGUAUAGACAAGGAGCUGGUUUGAUCCAAGUAUACGAUACUAUCCGAGAGCGUGUGCAUAUUACACCAGGAGACAUCAGUUUCAACGACACUGCCAACAUGCAAAAAACUCAUACGCUGACCAUCACUAACGAAGGCGCUACACCUGUUUUCUACAAAGCUAUUAACAAAAUUAGUGUCUCCAUUAUUCCGUACGAUAGCUCCAGCGGCUACCAAUUCACAGAACCUCCAGUAUUUGGGACUGAAUCAGCCGAGAUUAAGUUCUCGCAAACAAACAUUCAAAUUGCUCCAGGAGCCAGCGUCAAGAUCACAGUUUCCGUGGUACCACCCAAUACCGAUCCCGCAAAGCACAUUAUGUACGGUGGCUAUAUCCAACUUAAGAGCAUCGGAAACGACAACUACGGCAGCAAAGAUAUCACUGUUCCAUAUGUUGGUAUCGUCGGUAAUCAGCAUGAACUACCAAUAUACGGCAACGGCACACCACAAUUGACAGCUGAUACGAAUCCAGAGAAAUUCACUCCCAUCAAUCAAAACACUGUAUUCGUAUAUGACCGUAAAUCAGGUCCCAAACCCACAUUCAUGAUCACUUUAGUCAGUCCGACGCGUGAAAUUUCCACUCCUCUAUAUACCGAAAACAACGUGAUGAUUGGCUAUGCUACAUUCAACGAAGCUAGUGUCACAAACCUUGCUCGGUCUAUCUCGACGCGACCAGUGCACGCAAUUACAUGGGACGGAACAUACACCCCAACACUUCUUGGUAUCAGAGUCCCUAUUACGUUCAAUGUUCUUCCCGGCAAAUAUCGAAUCGGUCUCAAUGCCUUGAAAUGGUUCGGCGUGGAUGAAUGGGACAAUUGGACCUCGGGUAUUAUUGAAGUUCGUUAGAAAAAAAGUACUACCGUUUUCCCCUUGUUUUUGAGUAGUCUAUGAAUCCUGUUAUCACAGCUUCCCGCUAAUCCCUUUAAAUAUACAUGCGUACUGAUUAUCCAUUUGUCAAAAGUGUAUGCUUAAUACAUGAUAAAAAGCAACUUCGUC